GCAACCAACAAACAACGCACCCGACCCAGUCGCCACUCGCCACCGCUUUUAAAUCCCCACCGCGGACGGACCGAACGGCCGGCCUGCAGCCUGCCUACCCACCUAGGGUUCCGACUCUCUCCGCCGCGCAUGGGCCCCGACGAGCUCUCCUCCCCCGCCGCCGCCGCCGCCGCAGGCGCCGACGGCGAGCCCGCCCCGUUCUCCUUCAGCAUCUGGCCGCCGACGCAGCGGACGCGGGAUGCCGUGGUGCGGCGCCUGGUGGACACCCUCGCGGGGGACACGCUCCUCUGCAAGCGCUACGGGGCCGUCCCGGCGGCCGACGCCGACCCGGCGGCCCGCGCCAUCGAGGCCGAGGCCUUCGACGCCGCCGCCGUCACCGGCGGCGCCGCCGCCUCCGUCGAGGAGGGCAUCGAGGCGCUGCAGCUCUACUCCAAGGAGGUCAGCCGCCGCCUCCUCGACUUCGUCAAGGCCCGCUCCGCCGCCGCCAAGGACGCCGUCAAGGACGAGCCGGCCGAGGAGCCCGCCGCCGCCUGAGCAUCCAUUUCGUUUAUGCUUUCACAUAAUAUAUGCGCCUAGAAUUCGUGUUAUUGUUCUUUCAGGAGUAGCUGCUCUGCUGCUUCUCUCUAUUUUUUCUUUUAGUGUGUUUGCUGCUCCCCGUUUGUAUCUCUGAACAAUGUUCGUUCACCUUGUUGUGCCAAUGAUUAAGAUUUUACCUGCCUUCUGGAUCAA